AUAACAAUUCUGUGUCUGUCCCUGAGUAACAAUUCUGUGUCCCUGAGUAACAGUUCUGUGUCCCUGAGUAACAAUUCUGUGUCCCUGAGUAACAAUUCUGUGUCCCUGAGUAACAAUUCUGUGUCCCUGAGUAACAAUUCUGUGUCCCUCAGUAACAAUUCUGUGUCCCUGAGUAACAAUUCUGUGUCCCUCAGUAACAAUUCUGUGUCUGUCCCUGAGUAACAAUUCUGUGUCCCUGAGUAACAUUUCUGUGUCCCUGAGUAACAAUUCUGUGUCCCUGAGUAACAAUUC